CAGGGUUCAGCAACCUUGACUCUUGAGCACUGCUGGAAAGGAAGGUGGAUGCGGUGGGAUUAGUGCUGGAGGCGCUCAUUGUGGAAGUUGUGGAGGUGCUCAUUGUGGAAGUUGCAGCUAUUCAAAUGUGUUGAAGCUCUCUUCAAGGGAAAUUGAAAGGUGUUUGUUCAAACCCGGUUUGAAGGGGUGGCAGAAGGAUGUACUUUGCUCCUUCCGGACACCAAUGACUUCAGCCCGGGGCUGAGCAGCUUGCAUUGGACUGAAGCUUGAGCCUAGCUAAACCCCUGCUAAAAGACCUGUAUUGUUCAUCCUGAGAGCAGGGGGGGCCUUUUUUCUUCAGCUCCGGCGGUUCUGCUUUGAGUUUCUUGCGUUCACCCAUGCAACCUGGGAACCGGGCUCCGGGUUCAGCUCCACCACCCCCGAACGCAAACUCCAUGGCUGCCUUCCUGCCAGCGAUCGCUGCACUUGUUGCUUGCGUGGCUCCUCUGGCAAGCGCCAACCUUGGAAUUCUGCACUCAAUUCCUGAGGGCCAUGUGGGCGUGUACUGGAGGGGUGGGGCCCUGCUGCCUACAAUCAGCGAGCCAGGGUAUCACAUGAAGAUCCCGUUCCUGACCACGUACGAGCCGGUCCAAGUGACGCUCCAAACGGACGAGGUGACCAACAUCCCGUGCGGCACGAAAGGCGGGGUCAUGAUCUACUUCGAGAAAGUGGAGGUGGUGAACAAGCUGAACAAGGUGGUGAACAAGCUGAACAAGGCGUUCGUGCACGCGACGAUCAAGGAAUACGGCAUUCAGUACGACAAGACGUGGAUCUACGACAAGAUCCACCACGAGAUCAACCAGUUCUGCAGCGCGCACUCGCUGCAAGAGGUGUACAUCGACCUCUUUGACCAGAUUGACGAGAUCCUCAAGGAGCUUAUACAGAGAGACUGCACGCGCUACGUGCCCGGGCUGGAGAUCAUUGGCAUCCGCGUGACGAAGCCUAGCAUUCCGACGUCCAUUGCGCGCAACUACGAGGCGAUGGAGGAGCAGCGGACGCAGGCGCUCAUCGCGGCGGAGCGGCAGAAGGUGGUCGAACGAGAAGCGGAGACGGACCGUCGUAAAGCGGUGAUGGAAGCCGAGAAGGUCGCUCAGACGAGCCGCAUCUACCAGGAGCAAAAGCUCGCGGAAAAGGAGUCGAACCGGCAACAGGAGCACAUCGAGAACGAGAUCUACCUCGCCAAGCAGAAGAGUCUAGUUGAUGCGGAGGUCUAUCGGUUAACGAAGGAGGCAGAGGCGAACAAGUUGAAGCUGACCGCCGAGUUUCUUGAGUUGGAGUUCAUCCGAGCGAUUGCCAACAACACCAAGAUGUUCUUUGGAGACAAGAUUCCGGCCAUGGUGCUGGACCAGCGGCUACUCGGAAGCUCUUUCAGGAACAAGCUGAACCAAUAGGAAGGCAAGCGGUUAGAUGGUGAGAGCUUUGGUCUUAGAUGGAGCAUGAUCAUUGACGAACCAUCCCGUCACCCAGAGCUUUUCUUUGUCGUUUAAUCAAAUUGAGGCCUGCUAAGUUGAUCAGACCUCCCGGUGUCCGAGGCUGGAUAACACAUUAAGCGGCACUGUAAGUCGAAAUACGGUCCGCUGACAUGAUAUGUGUUUGUGCAGCUCAUAAAAAGAUCACAUGAAUAUCAUUUGCAAUCCCAUCAUCGCAUAUACCCAUAGGAAGCGCGGC